CAUCCGUCCAUCGACUCUGCGGAUCACGCUGCGAAAUAACCCAGGAGAGAGAGAGAGGCAUACGAGGAUCGAGAGGCGACAUUCUUGCCGCGCCGCCACCAACACCACCAACCUCCGCAGCCCUGUGCGGCCCAUCACUGCCGCGCUAGCCCAGCAUGUCCUCGUCUGCUGCUGCGCACCACUCCCACUCCCCAACCCCUUCCUCCUCUCAUUCCCACUCCCACUCCCACUCCCCUCCCUCCACCACCACCACCACGACCGCACGUCGCGAACCCCCUCGCAAGCGGAAUCGUGCCGCCCUAUCAUGCGUGGCGUGCCGUGAACGCAAGAUCAAGUGCGAUCGCAUGGUCCCCUGCAACCAAUGCACCAAGCGCGGCGACGCGGAGCUGUGCUUCCUCGACCCGUCCAAGCGCGGACCACCACCGGGUCAGAGCAAGAGUAUGAAAGUGCAGGAACAGAUUGCUAGGCAGGAUGAGAUGAUGGCCAAGAGGGGGAGAGGAGCGGGUGAGGCGGGUACAGCUGCGCAACACCCUCACAGCGCCGAUGAGUGGACGGCGGUCAAUCAGAGGUUGGCUCAAUUGGAGGCAGCAUUCGCCGCACGCGGUGAGAGUGGCGCGUCGCCCUCUUCUUCCUCUUCGUCAUGGAGACCAUGGGCAUCCGCAACAGCAGCAGAAGCAGCAGCCGCUCCUCGUCCCAACCCCGAUCCCUCUGCUUCCGCUUCGGGCUCCCCAGUACCCAUCGCACGCACGGCCGCCGCCGCCCUCAUCAAGUCCGGACCUGACAGCGACACAGAGGACGCGGCCAUGGUUCUCGAGGGUCUGGCCAUGUCCGGCGGGCAGGGUGCGGCGCAGGUCAAGCGUGGCAAAUGCGGUGGAUCAGGAGCAACAGCCAUCGAUGCCGCAGAUCCAGACGGAGACGGGGAGACAGACCCUGUCAAGUCUGAACCUCGCCACUCAUUCGCAGCCUACGCCGCGCAGAACCAACACCGCGAUAUCAUGCUUCCCGUGAGCCAGGGCGGCACAUCGGGCCUUUCGGCGGCGGAUGUGGUCAAGGAGAUGAAGAGGACUUGUAUGAACAAAGAGGGAAAAAAUGGCGAUGACGAGGAGAAGACUUAUGCCGACCUCCUCGCGCUCGAGGCACAAGGAGUUGAUGUCUCGCCAGCGGAUAAGGUGUGCACGCUACUCAGCUCGUCGACUUCCCUCUUCAGGCCCAUCUAUGGUCCUGAGUCUUUCCUUGGGUUCGGUAUGGGAUGGGCUUUCCCUGCUGCUGAGGCUGCGGGAGAUCUACAUGUUAAAGGCGGAGAGUGCCCGGGGAGCGCACAGAGGGAAGCCGUGUUGCGGGCUAUCAUUAGAAGUCUGCCUCGCAAGCAGUUGGCUGAACAGCUGGUCAGCGUGUAUGCGGAUAGGGUCAACUUUCUUGCGGGCAAUGUCGUGCAUAUGCCUUCGUUCAGGCGCGAGGUCGAGAGCUUCUACGCCCUGGAAAGCGUGGAACGCCAAGCACGCGUGGUCAACAACGUCGACGUAGGCUGGCUAGCCGUGUACCUCCUCGUUCUUACCCUCGCGCUCCGCUUCUAUCCCUGCGAACCGCCCGCCCACUGGGCAUCCAUCGCUCACUACUUUGACGGUCGCUGCGUCCAUCUCUGGGCUAGCGCGGCGCGUACCUGCCUAGGCCUGGCGCGCUACCAGUCCAGCCAGUCCCUCGCCGUUCUCCAGUCCAUCCUCCUCGCCAACCUGAGCGACUCGCACGCCGGCCGUAAAGUCAACCAAACCAUGCUGCGCAUCGCCAUAUCCAACGCCCACUCCAUGAGCCUGCAUCGUCUCGGGGAUCGCUCCCAACAGCCCAAGGCCGGGGAGAGCCAAGGCGUGGCGCUGCGUCGCGAGAUGGCAAAGCGAAUCUGGUACCAGCUCGUCUUCAAGGACUGGUCCUGCUCGCUGUGCUCCAAUGUUUAUGUAAUCCAAGAGCGUCAGUUCAACACCCCGUUGCCAGGCAACUACAAUGAUGAGGACCUGGAGCGCAGCCCUCUACCCGCUCCACGGCCACGCGAGGAGCACACCGACAUGAGCUACUCGCUCGAGGCCUUCGAGGUGGUCAAAGCAAGCAAGCUCCACGCCGACGUGCUCAACGACAAGUGGCUGGAGUCGGGCGAGUCGCGUGGGAGGGCCAAACUGAGCUGCUCCGAGGCCAGUCGCGUCGACGCCGCCUAUCGUGCGGUGCUCGAGGGCCUGCCCAGCUUCUACGCCGUGGGGUCCGAGCACGGCACCAAGACCAACGUGGAGAUCGAACGUUGGCUCCUCCAGCAGAUGAUCUUUCACCACAUCCUAAAAUUGCAUCGUCCGGCACUCUCUUCGCAACCGAAAGCCCGCGUAUCCUGCGUCGCCCUCGCACGCUCCAUCCUCGACACUCAAAAGAAGUUGCGAGGCACCUGCACGGUAAUCGAUCGACUGCUCUGCAACCUGGCGCAGUCUUAUACGGCGGCCAUUGUCCUUCUCCUCGACUUGCUGCAGCACGGUCGAGAACACAACCCGGCGAUGCGCCUCAUCAUCCGCAGCGAGGUGGCCGAAGCGCUUCGUGCGCUGCACCAUGUGAAUGAGAGCAACAACUCGACCGAGGGAGGGAUACGCGUCAUUGAGGCCCUGCUCGCAGAGGAGGAGAAGCGAUACCAGGCCGCGCAGGCGGAGGAUGAUGCGCACUUUGCUGGUGCGGGGGGGAAACGCAAGCGGGGAGAUGUGGCCGCACCACCCAAGAAGAAGGAGUUGCUCAGUCUUGCCCUCCAGAUCGCCAAGGCCGCCAAGUGCGAAGCGGCCGGGUCUUUCCGCUCUGGCAGUGGUAGCGGGGCGUGCACGUCGCAGCAGGAACAGGUAGAACGAGACCAGCGAGCAGCGCAGGAGCAGAUGGCACGACAGAACGCUAUGCUACUCGACGCCACGCCAACUUCUUCGUCCGCGGACGCGCCGUCCUUCUUCCCGCCGCAGCAGGAAAUGGCAAAGGACGCCCUCUCCCGCUCGCUAAUGCUUCAAUUGUUCAACCCUCCCGCUAACCUAGCGCUAGGUGGGGCAGGGGGGAGCAACCCGCAAUACUACAACAACCUAUUCGGAGGGGCCUUUGGCGGGGCAGGGGGAAGUGAGAGCGGGCUCCUUCACUCAAGCAUGGUUGGGCCCAACGGCGUGGAGGCGGAGUUGAGCCCUACGGAGGGGGAUUGGGCCGGUUUCGAUCUGGGGGCGUGGUUGAACCAGUUUGGCGGGACGGAGGGUGGACAAGGGGCCAGUCCGAGUGGGUCGGUCAGUUCGAAUGGGCGUGUGGUCAAUGGCGCUGGCGGGAAUGGGGGGAGUAGCGCCGCGGGCAGUGUGUGGAGUAGCGAUGAGUCCUCUUCUGGCACAUCGUCGUCUGCUCUGGCUACGAGUCACACCUCUUCGGAUGCAGGCUCGCCCAUGCUACAUCGCAAGGCGAGCGAAUUGAGCGGGAAUGGAGCGGGACUCUCCCCUCCUGUCAGGCACGAUAGCGCUUCCUCUUCGUCCUCGUCUGGCGCAGCGCCCACGCACCACCAUAAUAGCGAUGCGACGCAGCAAGGCCUGGACGCUUUCUACUCUUGGGUCCUCUCGCAGGGCCUCAACAUGCGGGGCGCGGGCGCCGAGCAACCUAGACUGGGCAACGGCACUCCCCUCCUCGACCAAUCAGCGCCCCCCGCCUCGUCCAUGCCCAGCACAUCGGGCGGACCCUCCCUCGCCCCAGUCCCACCGCAAGCCCUCGCCCCCUCCAGUCUAACCUCAAGCGGCCCCCUCGCACAAUGGCAACCCCCCUUUGGCGGCCCGCCCUCGCAGGGCUGGAACGUCACGUCGCCCGAUACAUCCCUUCCUCCUACGAGCGGGCUCACCCCUACCUCUUCCGCCGCCCUACCCAAUGUCGGCACGCCCAGCGCGGGAGCCAAUGCGGGGUCGGCCCAAGGGGCAGGGGCAGGGUUUGGAAGCAUGUUCGGCGCAGCGGCUGGUGCUGACCCUUCUUGGCUAGCCAACGACCCGAGUAGCGUUGCGGCUUGGUUGAGCAUGCCUGGGUUGUUGGAUUGGGGCGGAGGGGCGGGGGCGGGGCUGGGUGAGGGAAGAUCGUAGAGCUGCGCCGCGCGAUACGAUAUGAUUCGCUACAAAGCAAAGCAAAGUAGCCGGUUGAGGUUGAGUUGCUCCAUCUCUUCUUCUGUGAGGGUAUCAUGGACUCGGCCCAUUCACGCACACACGCGCGCAAGCUCUCUCCUAUUCUUGUGGAAAAGAGGCGCUCCGAGACGUCCCCCUUGUAUCCUUCUCAUCUCGAUUGUAUUCUCUCUUCUUGACCCGUGACCCGACUCGAUUUGACAAGACUUCGUCGUAGCCCUUCUUUCGGAAACACGCGAUCCCCUUGCUGUGUUCUUUCUGUGUGUGUGUGUGCGAGUAUCGCGAUCCUCCAUCGUGAUCCUCAGGACUCGUCACUGUCACCGAGACUCUCUUG